AUGGUUCUUGGAGGCACUAGCAAUACCCUCAUCCAGUCUAUUAAAGAUCAUCUCCACUCUUGUUUCAAGAUCAAAGACUUGGGCUCAUUAAAAUACUUUCUUGGUCUUGAAAUCACUCGCUCUAAUUCAGGUCUGAUGGUCACUCAACGUAAAUAUGCCUUGGAUUUACUUCAUGAUUCAAAUUUCCUCGAUGCCAAGCCCCUCGCAUCACCCACUGAACUCAAUACUCAUCUCUCCAUUCAAUCGGGCACUCUUCUGCCUGAUGUUGGUCUUUAUCGCCGCCUUAUUGGUCGUUUGACUUAUCUUACUUUAACCCGCCCAGAUGUGAGCUACGCUGUUCAUCAUUUAAGUCAAUUUUUACAUGCUCCCACUGAUCAACAUUUGAACGCUGCCUAUCGUGUUCUGCGUUACAUCAAGAGUUGUCCAGGUCAGGGCAUUUUCUUUCCUUCAACACACUCUUCUGCCUUGCGUGCCUAUUGUGACACAGAUUGGAGUUCUACUAUUCGUGCUUAUUGUGAUUCUGAUUGGGCCUCUUGUCGGGACUCUCGUCGUUCUGUCACUGGUUUUUGCAUCAUGCUCGGUGACUCUCUGGUUUCCUGGAAAUCUAAAAAGCAAUCUACAGUUUCACGUUCCUCCGCUGAAGCCGAGUAUCGUGCCAUGGCCAAUACUUGCAGUGAACUUCUUUGGUUGUCUGCUCUUCUUCGAGACUUCAAUGUGGUUCAUUCUCAUCCUAUUUCAUUAUACUGCGACUCACAAGCUGCUGUUCAUAUUGCUAAUAAUCCUGUAUUUCAUGAACGCACCAAGCACAUUGAAAUCGAUUGUCAUUUCGUUCGUGAAAAGGUUCAGCUUGGUUUUCUUCGGCUUCUACACAUUGCCUCUACUGACCAGCCAAGUGAUUUCUUAACAAAACCUAUUCCCGUCCAUCAACUUCAUCACCUGUUGCGCAAGUUGAACGUUGUUGAUCCCCAUCGUUCACCUUGUGGGGGGUUUUAUAUUAUUCUAUUCUUUAGCUUUUUGGUUUAUCAAGGUUUGAGCUGUAUUGCACUUGUAGUAGAGGAAGCUGAAUAUACUGAACGAGUCAUCUCUGUUCUUGAGUAA